CCUUCACCCACCCCACCCUCUCCGCUGUUAUCAUUGAAAAAUAAUUCAUAAACAAUAUUAUUCGCAAGUUAGAAAUCGGGUGAUAAUUUGUACUUGCCUGGUCAAGUUGGCGGGCAGUGAUAAGUCACAAAAAUCAUAGCCCGCCCUUAAGGGGUAAAAUGGAGGAACGCAAGCUGCUCCGAGCAGUUAAAGCAACAAAUCCGAUUGUCUACCUGGACAUUUCCAUUGGCAAGGAGGAUGCGGGUCGCAUGAUAAUUGAACUGCGCAAGGAUGUUGUGCCGAAAACAGCGGAAAAUUUCCGUGCCCUCUGCACGGGUGAAUGUGGCAUUGGAACCAUGGGGAAACCGCUCCACUACAAGGGUACCAAAUUCCAUAAGAUUAAACGUGUCUUCGCCGUCCAAAGCGGGGAUGUUGUCAAGAAUGAUGGAACCAGCGGCGAAUCCAUCUACGGGCCAGUAUUCGAGGACGAGAACUUUGAACUCACACAUAAUGAAGAGGGGGUAGUCAGCAUGGCCAAUUAUGGAAAGCCCAACUCAAACAAUUCUCAGUUUUUCAUCUCGGCCGUCGGCUGUGAGAAUCUAAAUGGAACAAAUGUAGUCGUAGGUCGGGUUCUACGCGGCUUAGGUAUAGUAGAGGAGAUGGAAAAAAACUGUAAUGACGAGGGCGAUCCAACGGCUAGGAUCGUGAUACGGGACUGUGGCGAGAUUGCUCCUGGUGAAGAUUGGGGUGUGGAGUGCAGCGAUGAGACGGCGGACAAGCUGCCAGCCUAUCCGCAAGACUGGACUCGCAAGUACGACAAGUUUACAGCUGAUGCGGCGGUGGAGCUGCUAACGGGCAUUCGCCAAUCGGGCAAUCACUUCUAUCAGCUCGGACGCUAUCACGAAGCUCGAGCCAAAUAUCGCAAGGCGAAUCGAUACUAUCAUUGCCUGAGCAAACAGUUCGGUUGGCAGCAACUAAAUCCGUUGAAAAAACACCUCGUUGAUACGGAUCUUCUCAAGGUUGAUGGCUUCUCGGUAGUAAACAACAUAAACUCAGCCGCCGUGGAUCUGAAGCUGGGCAACUACAUGAGUGCCAGAACCGAAUGUUCCGAGGCCAUUCGUCUGGAUCCCAAAUGCAGUAAAGCUUAUUACCGACGUGGCCAGGCACAGCGUGGUUUGCGUAACUACGAGGAGGCCAUAAACGAUUUGAAAAAAGCCCACAAUCUCCUUCCGGAGAACAAGCAAAUAUUAAACGAACUGAACAGCACCAAGCAGCUUCUGGCCCAAUACAACCGACAGCAACGAAAUGCGCUUAAAAAUCUUUUUGCCUAGCUGGCAGCCAGUCAACAUUUUCUUAUAUCGUUAUUAGUUUAUCGCGGACCUGAAUGGCAUCUUUGAAUGUAAAUACUUAUUAAUAAAUGUUGUUGUUUUACCAACAGUCAGUGGUUUACCACAAAAAAGGUAAA